AUGAAAAACUCCAGAAAAAAGAAGAAGCAAAAACCACCGAAGAAGGUUGAAGAGAACAAAGAACCCAAACAACGAGUUCUAGAAUCGUUGGUUGAAGCUUUCUCUUUAUCUUCCAUCGAAGAAGCGGUUGUUGCUUACGACGUUGCAAACGGUGAUUCAAACAAGGCUUCGGAGAUCUUAAGGAGAGGUUUGGUGGACAGUAUUGAAGACCCGUUUUUUUCGUCUUCUUAUUCUUCUUCUUCGUGUAGUGGUGGUAGUAAUGGUAAUGGGGUUUCUUCUGGGUUGGAUGUGGGUUCGACUUCGGGUUCUUCGGAUGGGUUUUUGGAGCAGAUUUGUAGGGAGGAUGUGGUUGGGUUUGAAGGGGUUCAGCAGAAGCAGAAGCAGAAGAAGAUUGUUGCUGCUACGGGAACUGUUUCGACAAUUUUGGGAAACGAAUAUGUGAGGAGGAAUAGUGGUAGGAAGAAGAGGAUUGGGAAUGAGGUUGUUGAUAAGGAAGAGGCUGAGCAGUUCCUUUAUUCCAUGCUUGGGAAUGAUUGUGAUCUUAAUUUGGCUGUUGUUAGAGAUGUUCUUUGUCAAUGUGGAUAUGAUGUUGAAAAGGCCUUGGAUAUAUUGCUUGACCUAGCUGCCAACAAGAGAUCCAGUAAUAAUAGAAAUUCUAAUUUCAAAGUAGGCAACAACAUGGAUGAUACGAGAUUCCUUGUUGACUAUGAUCCUAAUGACAGUAUGAUAGAUAGGAGAUCAGAGUGCAUGUCUCUUUCAUCUCUUUCAUCGGAAGGUGACUUUUCUGAUAAUAUAUGGGGUCCGACACCUUAUGGCAGGAAUUAUGCGGAGGUCCUCACUAGUUCUAAAGCUAAUUCUCAUAUUAGCCCAGGAUGUACAAAGUUUGAACUUCCUCAAAAGGUGUUAGAGUCCUUGUUUAACAUCCCAAAAAGCUCCGAACACGAUAAAGGUACCAUGAAUUGGAGAAACAUAGCAAAGAAAAUGCAGUCUAUGGGACCUGGUUUUGUUACUUGUCCAAAUGUUGCAGAACCUCAGCAGCGUGCUCACACUAAAGGAGAGGAAUAUCAUGCAUUUAGGGAAGGUGCAAGACAGCAGUGGGAUUCUGUGAAAUGUUACUUUCAGAAAGCUGCAACAGCAUAUACUAAUGGAGAUCGAGGAUAUGCCGCAUAUCUUUCUGAUCAGGGUAAAGAACAAACUAAAGUAGCUCAGAAAGCAGACACUAAGGCAAGCCAUGACAUAUUUGUUGCUAGAAACAAGGGUAUAGAAAAUGUGAUAACUAUUGAUUUGCACGGGCAGCACGUGAAACCAGCAAUGAGAAUGCUGAAACUCCACCUUCUGUUUGGAUCAUAUGUUCCUUCUGUUCAGAUGAUAAGGGUCAUCACAGGAUGUGGAUCACACGGUUUUGGAAAGUCCAAGCUGAAACAAUCGGUUACUAAACUUUUAGAUGAAGAGUCAAUUGAAUGGAGUGAAGAGAACCGAGGAACUGUGUUGAUCAAACUCAACGGAUGGAGAGAGUUCAGCUUUCUGGACGCGGACAGUGAUAGUGAUAGCGAUUGA